AUUGUAGAAGUCGAGCCGCACAAUGUUGUGCAAUGUUGACGCUUCGCCCCACUCAGCUGCUGAAGUCCAUCCACACUCUGCAACUGACUGCACGCGAACAGUGAAUUGAAGAUGUUCGAGGGGCUUUUUGGCGACGAGGAUGAUGCGUUCUCUCAAUCGUUUGCCAUGGGAGACGCUCUUACCGAAGUCAACGGUAAACGAUUUCCGGCCCCGAGCGCACCCCGUCGGCCCUGUGGUUUAUGUGGCAUACAGAACCAGGGGUCCACAUGUUAUUUGAAUUCAUUACUCCAAACUUUACUCUAUACACCAGAAUUCAGGGAAAGUUUAUUCCAAAUUGGAUCUGAUGAAUUAGGAGAGCUGUCAGAAAAGGAUAAUCCACAGGCAAAGGUUCGAGUGAUUCCAAUUCAGCUACAGAGACUGUUUGCUCAGCUAUUGCUGCUAGACCAAUACACAGUGAGCACUACCGAUCUAACUGAUAGUUUUGGAUGGACCAAUAAUGAGGAGUUGCAGCAACAUGACGUGCAAGAGUUGAAUCGUAUUUUAUUCUCAGCGAUAGAUAAUUCAUUAGUCGGCACAUCAGGACAACACCUUAUUUCAAAGCUGUACCAUGGCUCUAUUGUCAAUCAGAUUAUAUGCCAACAAUGUGGGAAAAUAAGUGAAAGACAGGAGGAUUUUCUUGACUUGACACUGGCUGUGUGUGGGUAUAAAGGUUUGGAGGAUGUGCUUUAUUCCUGUUAUCAGGAGAUGGAAUUAUUAUCAGGCAGUAACCAGUAUAGAUGUGAAAAAUGUAACAAGUUGGUCAAUGCCAAAAAGGGUGCCAGACUACGUACAUUACCACCAAUCCUCACAUUGUCGCUACUCAGAUUUAGUUAUGACUUUGUUAAAUGCGAACGAUACAAAGAAACUGGUAAAUUUACAUUCCCUCUGGAAGUUGACAUGAGUCCAUACUGUGAAAACACCUUACCAGCAGAGAGUACUGAAUAUGAGUUGUUUUCAGUCGUCAUUCAUAAAGGCAGUGGGUAUGGAGGACAUUACCAUGCAUUCAUCAGAGAUGUUGAUACUCUUGGGAAAUGGAAUUCACCUGAAGAUGAACCAAUUCACAUAGCUUCUGAUCCAAGCAGUGGUAAGAUUGAUUACAUUGAACUGGGUAAACCAGACGAGGUCUUAUCAGCCAUACUGGUGCAAGAAGGUGGACCACAUUGUAAUUUAACAAUAGAUAAGCUAUGCCAGAACUUGAUAAAACAUACUGGUGUGACAUGGAACAAGCGAUUCAAGAAACACUAUGGGCCAAUUCAGAAGUUUUUAAAAAAGCAUGAUGAAACUUUUAACUUCUCUCCCACAACAAACUCUGUCAGUUUGAAGCACACAGACAAGAAAUCCAUCUCCUUGGCCACAGUAACCAUGGAAACCAGUUGUGAAAAGAAGCUGCAAGAAAAUGAACAAUUGGCAGCAGAAGAAACUUUUGAUGAGAGUAGGCGAGACUCUAAAAAAAGUUCAAAGUAUAAAAGAGAGCCAUCACCACCGCCAUUAGAUGGACAUGCAUGGUAUGAUUUCAACGACUCCAGAGUAUUUCCUAUCAAAGACAAAGAUAUACAAAACAGUACUCGGGAAAAGAAAGUGCAUAUAUGUUGUUUUAUAGAAAAAAUCUUUAAAGAGGCCAAAUGA